AUGUCACGAUUCGAGAGCAAAGGCGGAGCUCCAGCUAUGGAUGUAGAGAUCCCGAUGGAAGGGGGAGAGCCUCUGGGAGCAACGCCCAACGAUAAGCUUGUCAUUACCAAAGUACAAGGUGGAACUAUUGCUGACGGCAAACUUAGGGUAAGUCCAUGCUUUUGCGCUACACAUCGACCGUUUGCAUCAAUUGUUUGCAGACUGGUGAUCAGAUUAUCAAAGUGAAC